AUGGCAAACGUUCCUGGAUCUACGAUUAUAAUCGACUUUUUGACGCUUGCAGAGUUGCCAGAAGCCUCGGGACAAGUUGUUUAUGACAUUCCAACGGCAUCCUUUGCUGACUGGGUAAGUCUGUUGAAGUGGAUGGAUCUAAACCCGGAGCAUAUGAAGCUGAUUUGGUCAGACCUGAUGCGGUAUUGCGCCGAGAGGGAGAUACCGUUUGUGCCCUUCAACAACUGGGCGUCUAUUCUAGCCAUGGUGCAGGAUGUCCACGAUGGAGGACUCCAGGCGGAUCGUAUGGGUGAUCGUCUGCGAAAUUAA